AUGGGGCUUCUUCGAAGUCUCGCGAUGCUUCUCCUUUUGAUAUGCUGCUUUUGGUUGCCCAGUGUUGUCCGAGCUCAGUCGCCUGGUUCUGCACGGGCACUGGAUGCACUUCUCCAAGACUACGCUUAUCGGGCAUUUGUUCGUCCAAGGACCGGUGUUGUCUAUGAUGGGGUUGUCCCCUCAAAUUUGUCUGGGAUUAGUAUUUCUGCGAUGAGGCUGAGGAGUGGUAGCUUAAGGUCUAGAGGUGUUUCAAUGUAUAAAGAGUUUGUGAUUCCUGUGGGUGUCAUUGAGCAGCCAUAUGUAGAGAGGCUUGUUCUGGUCUAUCAAAACUUGGGCAAUUGGUCUACGAUGUAUUAUCCUUUACCUGGUUACAUGUACUUAGCUCCUGUUUUGGGUCUUCUUGCUUACGAUGCUUCAAAUUUAUCUGCAAAAAACUUACCUGAGUUGGAGAUUAGGGCAUCUCGGCAACCAAUAUCAAUCAAUUUCACUGAUAUCCAAUCAGUGCCAGAGGGUUCAGUUGUAAAGUGUGUUUCGUUUGAUUUACAUGGAUUGUUCAAUUUCAGCAAUUUGGUGUCUGGGAAUGUAUGUUCAACAUUCCAACAGGGGCAUUUCUCUAUUGUGGUCGAGUCCACUGCUCCUCCCCCUGUGCCGGUGUCUCCUGCACCACCCGGGGGAGCCCCAAACGCUGGUCCAAGUGGUGAAAAAAAGAACAACUCUAAAGUCUGGAUAAUAGUUGGGUCAGUGCUGGGAGGACUAGCAUUGUUGGUUUUUUUGGCAUUACUGGUAAUGUGGGCACAGAAGUACAAGCACAGGAAGAAAAUGCAACAGAUGGAGAGGGCUACAGAGGCUGGGGAAGCACUGCAUAUGACUACAGUGGGAACCACAAAAGCACCAGCAGCAAUGGUGACACGAACACAACCCACCCUUGAGACUGAAUAUGUGCCUUAA